AUGGAAGCUCACAUUGAGGCGGAGUCAGCCCUUCCUCGACCCACUUAUCGUGUCUAUAAACGACGUUUCUGGGGUUUAGCGCAGUUAGUGUUGCUGAAUAUUGUCUGGUUGACCUUUUCGUCAAUCUCGUCAACGGCAGCGGACUAUUUUCAUGUAUCUGAGAGUGCCAUCAAUUGGAUGAGCACGGGAUACCUGUUCGCCUUCUGCGUCGCUAGCCCAUUCGUCAUCUGGGUCUUGAAUAAAGGUGGCCCUAAACCAGCCAUCAUCACCACAGCCUCUCUUCUGAUCAUCGGGAAUUGGUUGCGCUAUGCUGGUACCAGAGCGAAUGGAGGCAUCUUCGGUCUCGCAAUGGUGGGUCAGAUCAUCAUUGGUCUGGCGCAACCAUUUUGUCUGUGCGCACCGACUCGAUACAGCGAUCUGUGGUUUUCAGAUCAAGGGCGAACAAGUGCUACAGCUGUGAGCAGCCUGGCCAAUCCACUUGGAGCUGCCCUGGGCCAACUCAUCGAUGCGGAGUGGGCAACAAAGCCCUCUGACGUCCCGAAUAUGGUUCUAUAUAUUUCCGUGAUUUCUACCAUCGCAUCCAUUCCGUCUUUUUUCAUCCCCGCCGCACCGCCUACACCCCCGAGUGCAUCGUCUGCUGCUCCCCGGACAGCACUGAUACCCGCGACUCGGCAACUGCUCACAACCGUUGAAUUCUGGCUAGUCAUGAUACCCUUUGCCGUGUACUUAGGGUUCUUCAACAGCGUAUCGUCGUUAUUAAACCAGAUUCUCGAGCCGUGGAACUUCUCCGAAACCGAAGCUGGCAUCGCAGGCGCCAUCCUGAUAGUCGUGGGCCUAGUGGUAGCAGCCGUGGUGUCACCGAUAACAGACCGGUUUAAGCACUACCUAGGAUCGAUUCGCGUGCUCGUCCCCAUAGUGGUAGCCUCUUAUAUUGGCCUGAUCUUCGCACCAUCCAGUCCAGCAGGUAUCGCCCCGUCGUAUGUCGUUAUGGCCCUCAUGGGUGCAUCCUCAUUCGCACUCUUGCCAGUAGUACUAGAGUUCCUGGCUGAGAUCACCUAUCCCCUCUCUCCAGAGGUUAGUAGCACUAUCUGCUGGACGGGUGGACAGCUGCUUGGCGCAUGCUUUAUCCUCAUCCAGGAUGCGCUCAAGGCUCCUACUAGUGCGAGUCCUCCAUCUAAUAUGCGUAAUGCUCUGAUCUUUGCAGCAGCUGUUUCGGCUGCAGCGGCUCCGUUGCCUCUGUGUAUUGGAUUCUUUGGUCGAGUUGUCAAGCGCCGUCGCUUGGAUAUUGAUCGAGGCGUGGAGCUAGAUGUCGAGUAUACCAAUCCUGUGAUUGAGUCGAGACAGCUGACGAAGGGAGACAUUACGAAAGUGAAUGGUUCUCCCGUGGUGCGCAAUUUGUCACCCGAGGUGGUUUAA